AUUGUGUUUUAUUCCAUUGAUACCAAUGGGAAAUUUGUAAAAGGAUUGACAUAGAUGUUUUGUUUAUUUUAGAAAUAUAAUUUUUAUUUCGUUAAAUGAGUGCAUUAGAAACUUUAUUUUUCAUUUGUACAAUUGUAGCCCCUUUAUUAACUGUGUGUACAAUAGACACGACGAAGCCAUCAUCCUCCGAGAAUGUUGGCUUUGUGGUAAACACCGUUCCCAAUGAGUUUAUUGUAAAAUUUCGUUCAAGGUAUUAUGCAAAAGUUAGAGAAUCGUUUAUUCAAAGGAGGCUCACUAAGCAAAAUUUGAACUGGUCAAUUGUACCUCGCAAUAACUUAGCUAGUCAUUAUCCAAGUGACUUUGAUAUUUUGCAUAUCCUAGACGCCAAUUACACUUCAGUUGAAAAUCUACUCAACACAGUGAAGGCUCAUCCUGCUGUUAAGGCAGUGGUUUUUCAACGCAGUGUUCAACGACUUUUGACAUCUGGAAACAAUACGUUCAAUUAUAACAUUCGUCAACCGCAAGGAGUUGCUCGAAAAAAACACGUAAAUAAUGUGAAUUUGCAUCAUGUCUCAGAAUCUCUACAUGCGGACGUUCUUUGGAAACUUGGCAUUACGGGAAAAGGGGUGAAAGUUGCUAUAUUUGAUACUGGUUUGACGCAGAAUCAUCCUCAUUUUCGAAACGUCAAGGAGCGAUCAAACUGGACCAACGAAAAGUCAUUGGAUGAUGGAGUUAGUCAUGGAACCUUUGUUGCAGGAGUCAUAGCUUCGUCAAAAGAAUGCCUGGGAUUGGCUCCAGACGCAGAGUUGCACAUAUACAAAGUUUUCACAAAUUCCCAGGUGUCGUAUACUUCCUGGUUCCUGGAUGCUUUUAAUUAUGCUAUUUACAAGAAAGUAAACAUAAUCAAUUUAAGUAUUGGAGGCCCAGAUUUCAUGGACUUACCGUUCGUUGAUAAGGUCUUAGAGUUAUCAGCCAAUAAUAUUAUAAUGGUAUCGGCCGCAGGGAAUGAUGGUCCCAUAUAUGGUACUUUAAACAACCCCGGCGAUCAGAGCGAUGUGAUCGGUGUAGGUAGUAUUAAUUUUGAUGAUAAAAUUGCCAGAUUCAGUUCUAGAGGUAUGACAACAUGGGAGCUUCCAUUGGGCUACGGAAGAACCGGACUGGACAUUGUCACUUAUGGCAGCCAAGUGGAAGGAAGUGACGUGCAUUCGGGCUGCAGACGCCUGUCAGGAACAUCAGUUUCAUCGCCUGUUGUUGCAGGAGUGGCAGCUUUAUUAAGGAGUGGUGCUUCACAUAAAAUUAAUAUUGUCAAUCCAUCAUCAUUAAAGCAAGUCUUAAUCGAAGGAGCUGAAAAAUUGCCAAACUACAACAUAUUCGAGCAAGGGCAAGGAAAACUGAAUUUGUUAAAGAGCAUGCAGCUGCUGUUACGCUACAAUCCUAAAAUAAGUCUUAUUCCGUCAUCUCUUGACUUUACAACAAAUUACAUGUGGCCGUACAGUAGUCAAUCCUUGUUCUAUGGAAGCGUACCCACAAUUGUAAAUGUGACAAUUUUGAAUGGCAUCUCUGUUACUGGAAAGGUUGUUGGUCAUCCAAAAUGGAUUCCAGAUCCAGCUAGUUACGGUCACUACCUCAAUAUAUCAGCAUCAUUUUCAACCACGAUUUGGCCCUGGACUGGGUGGAUGUCAGUAUACAUCGCUGUUAAUCGGGAUGGAGAAAAUUUCGAAGGCAUCGCUAAGGGAUGUUUAAUUUUAUUGAUAGAUAGUUUUCCAUUCGGCUCAAAUCGAACUCACGAGAGCGAAGUACGUUUGCCACUUGCUAUAAAAAUUACCCCAAGGCCUCCCAGGCAUAAACGAAUUUUAUGGGAUCAAUAUCAUAGCUUACGGUAUCCACCUGGCUAUAUACCGAGAGACAAUUUAAAAAUAAAAACGGAUCCUUUGGAUUGGAGAGCUGACCAUAUUCAUACAAAUUUUCGUGACACUUAUAUUCAUCUGAGAAACUCUGGCUAUUAUAUUGAUGUUUUAAGAGAACCCUACAUGUGUUUCAAUCCUCUUGAUUAUGGAGUUUUAUUAAUUGUGGACCCGGAAGAAGAAUUUUUUGAUGAAGAGAUAUCGAAACUAGGACAAUAUGUUUAUGAACAUGGACUGAGUGUAAUUGUAUUUGCCGAUUGGUAUAACACGACAGUAAUGAGACACAUAAAAUUUUUUGAUGAGAACAGUAGACAAUGGUGGAUACCAGAUACUGGUGGAGCUAACAUUCCAGCUUUAAACGAUCUAUUAGGUCAGUUUGGCAUUACAUUUGGGGAUUUUGUUGGAGAAGGCUAUUUUAAACUUGGUGAUCAUGCAAUGUAUUAUGCAAGUGGUACAACGCUUAUAACAUUUCCAAAUAAUACUGAUGAUGUUGUGAUUGGAACUAACUUAAACGAUCAAGGAGUAUCGGUCAUGGCAAAUGGGAAAUCAUUAAAUAUGGAAUCCAAAUCAUUUUUACCUAUUAUGGGGCUGUUUCAAACAAAUCUUAGCUCGCGACACACAGUAAAAAAAUCUAAUUUUCUUCGGCACUCCUCAAAUGCAGUCGAUAAUGUUGAAUUGCUUGAUACAUCACUCGAUCUUGUAGUUUUAAAAAAUCGAGUUUUACUUCAUGAAAAAAAUGAUAAGCAUGCAGAGGGUCGUAUAGCUGUCUAUGGGGACUCCAAUUGCUUGGAUUCUUCCCAUAUGGAAAAAGCGUGCUUCUGGCUAUUAACAACAAUUUUAGAUUUUGUAAUGAACUCUCAUAAAUCAGUGUUAUUGAAUAAUUUAAAUAGAAUCUCAGAAUUCAAAAAUGUAAACAAGAAGUCAUUACCUGUAAGAAUAUCAAGUAGCAAUUUGAAAAUGUUUUCAAAAGUAAUUAUUAAUAGAAAACAUCAAAAAAUAAAAUGCGAAAAUAUAGAAUGGAUAGCCAAAACAACAUAUAAUUACAGCAAGAGGAUAGAACUCGAACUGGAUUCUACGGAUGGAAGCCACAACAACGUUAUUGCUAAUUUAAAUACUGAGAUUGCCAAAUUAGCUUUAUAUGAUUAUAAGCAAACAGCACAAGGAACUGAAUUCAAUAUAAAUAUAUCAGUUUUAUUUAUGAUAUCACUGAGCUUAACAGUUAUUAUUUUAUUUGUUUUAUUUUUAAAAGGUAAAAUUUUAUAA